UUUCUAAAUGUUUGUUUUUUACACGGCAAAGCCAUUAAAAACCACGCCAAGUUGCUAGCUAGCCAAACGAUUGCUUAACGUUAGCUAACUUUCAAGGUGAAUUCGAGGCUUCUGGCAGUCAGACAGAUGUUCCCUUCCCCCAUCUGCAGUUAGCUAACCAAACAAUGACUAUUAGAUGGAUAUUGUUAGGAAACACAACUUAGUUGUAACGUUAGUUAGCAAACGCUAACUUAGUUAGUUCCGCGGACAAAUAACUUAGCUAACGUUAGCUAUCAUUUUGGUUUAGUUAAGUAACGUUACUAACGUCGUUAGCCAUCUCCAAACAUAGCUAGCUAGUUAGGCCGCAUUAGCCGUAUAUUCACGUGUGACUUCCCAAAAUGUCAGAUUCAGACUCCGGUCCAGAGUUUUUGGACUGCGACAUCAGACACGGGGCGAAACUUAUCUAUGACAAAGACAGUCCCUUUGUAGCCCUGCAACCUCCAGAUGUUAUAUAUGAUCGAUGGAAUAAAAUCCCUGUCAUUUUGAAAAAGAAGGCGGCCCAGUUAAUGAAAUUGUAUGCCUUUUGGUACCACAUUCUGCUGCGUCAAGAGAAUCACAACACCACACGCUGGGCUGUGCAAGUGGGCUUCCUAGACUCAAAUGUCAGCAAUGACUUGAGUCUGAAGAGACUGCACAAGAUAGAAAUAUUGGAAGCUAUCCUCAGGGCGAUGGAAAAAGGAUGUUUAUUAGAAGAUCAAACAAGGCAUAUGAUCUGGAUAAGCAAUAAAUUUAACUUGCAUGUGCCAGAGGUCCUGGACGACGCGAUACGCUGGCUGGAGCGGACAGGAGAGCCCCGCAUCAAGCUGCGGGUUCAGGAGCUGGGCCCCAGAGGGAACUGCUUUGCUGCCCUGCAGCUCAUCUUCACUGAGUAUGCCCACUAUACACAGGCCAUGGGAGUCGACAGAAAGAAAAUGAUGCGAGAGCUUGCACAGGACCCCGGCCAAUGGUCUAUUGAGAGAAGUGAAGAGAUGAAGACUAGAGGAAAUGAUCAGUUUCAGAAAAAGAAAUAUGAUGCAGCAGUCAAGUGUUACUCAAAAGCCAUCAAAUAUCACCCUGAAAACCACAUUAUCUAUGGGAACCGAGCACUUUGUUAUAUCCGUUGUGAAAAAUAUUUAAAAGCUGUUGGGGAUGGAAAACGAGCCACUUUAAUACAACCAGAGUGGGCAAAGGGUCACUACCGGUACUGUGAGGCGCUGUUCCUACUGGGGGAACACAAGCAGGCGAUAGAGGCCAACGAGUGGGGCCAGACCCUGUGCAAGGCUGACCCAGAGGGCAUGAAGGACCUGCUGCAGCAACAUGCCAAGUUGAUCAUAGAGAUGGAGGAGAGCAAGUGCCACCGGGCAGAGGAACGUAAAGCUGGAAGAUCAAAUAAAACUGCAGCUAAGAAAGUUUCAAGUAAAAGGACAGAGAGUAACACCAGAGCAGACACUACAGAGUCACAACAGACUGCUAAACCCACCAGUAAGGUUGAGCCUUCCGCUAAAAACACUACUCCUGAGAACAAGGGCUUGGAAGUCAAGGUGGAAAGCCAGACACAACCAGGUGCAGGAAGAGCACAUUCGGUGGAUAAUACCAAGGUUCCUAAAGAGAUGAAAGUUGAAAUGGCUGAUAAAAAUAGCAGCAAACCGGAGCCCUGCGCUUCAGAGAAAACAAAAGGGAAGAACAGAAACCAGCAGUCAAAGGAAAAGGUGGUAUCCGGCAGCUCCAGAGACCCUAGUGUGCGGGAUGCACUGAUGUCCGCUGUGCAGGACGCCCACAUGGCCCUGGCCGACCAGCGAUGCCGCAACGCAGAGCAGGCCUUCUCCCAGGCCCUCAGCAUCCUGGCGACCAGCACACCAAAGGAACUUGGACUCUGUGCUCUUGACCAAGUUUUGCUGAUUUAUGGCCACGCCUCAGCUCUGAUAGAGAUUGGUCAACCAGAGGAACUUGCUGAAGCUCAAAAAGACUUUGAAAAGAUCAAACAUUUUGAAGAGAGGAAGUUUCAGUGUCUGGUUUUUUAUGGCAUUGGAAAGGCAUAUCAGAAGGAGAACCGAUUUCCACUUGCUCUGGAACAGUUUUCUGAUUCUAUGCAAAUGGUUAAGAAAAAGAUAACACCUGGUAAACUGACCUGGCCCACUACUAAAGUUAUUGUUGAGGAAAGUAAGCUGGAAUAUUUCAAGGAGCUGCUAGAGGAAUCCAUAGAGAUGUGCAAAUUUCCACCUAAACCAGAUGCCAUUUGUCGGCAUCAGAAUUGCCACGGACAUUCCAAAAUAGAAAUCUACUUCACAGAUCCAGAUUUUAAGGGUUUCAUUCGGAUGGUUUGCUGCCAAAGCUGCAAAGUGGAGUACCAUAUCAACUGUUGGAAGAAGUUGAAAGCAACAGCAUUCUCUGAUAAGAAUGAAAAGGAUUUCCUGCAGGGAAUGUGCUUUACUCCAGACUGUGGGGGUAGAAUCUGUCAUAUUAAAAUCUAUGGUUCAACAGGGCUUGUCAAAUGUGAGUUUGAAGCAUCUAUUGACAAACCUAUGGGUAAAGCAACAUUGAGAGUAAAUCAGAAAUGUACAAGUCUCAAGAAGUUGAAAUCCAAAGAGGAUCGUAAACUCAGGCGGAAGCAACAUAGGCAAGAUGCUUCUCUGUCUACGCAAGCCAAGAAUGAUGAAAUAGCUUUGGAGAACGGGGAAACCAUUGUCAUAGAACAGAAGGCUUCAUCCUCCACCUGGCUAGCUUACGGGGAUCGUGUUCUGCUUCAGAUCAGUGAGCGUAAAGACCUAUUCAGGGCUGAGAGCCACAACAUCUCUGUCCUGAUGGAGAACCUUAAGCCAUGGAUGGACCUGGAUCAGAUCAAGGGGAACAAGCUGGGCACUUCGUACACUGAGAGACAGGUGGAGACCCUGGGGGAUGUUGUAGAGCUCCUCCUGGAAAAGAAGAACCGGGUGUGGGCCCGUGUCUUUAUCCAUGGCCUAAGCGGCUGUCUGGUCACCAGCCCCAAGCUGCACGACUGGGCCCACCAACUGAACAGUGCAGGUCUGAAUUCAGCUGCACUGUUCAUUGACCGCUAUGCAGACCACCUGGAGCAGCUCGACCUCGCUCCUUUGCUCAAUUUUGCCCCCCUGCAGGACAUGCUCAUAGAGAAGUUUGGAACCAUGCCUGAGUUUUUUAGCCGCCUAGGCCUGACUCUAACGGAGUACCUGAAGCAGGCCCCUUCCCAGGAAAUGAGGCUGUUUAUCUGGACUCUGGAGGAGCACAGAGACCAGUACGCCACCUGCCACACUGUGCUGGAUGAUUAUUUUGAAAUAAUGGAUGGACAUUGUUUAGUGAUUAAAAAGACAGGGAUUGAAAAUGAAAUUAAUUCCCCUAUUAAGACUAGGAACAGAAACCGGAAAAAAAAGCAGAAGGAGCCAAAGGGGUCAGUUAUUGUCCUGUCGGGAAUGAGAGGUGGUACCUCAAGAGAGGAGGACGACGAGGAUUUCUUACAUGACUCUUUAAUGUUCCUUGACUCCACUGACCCAUUCAGCAUUCCCAAUCAUCUUCGAAAUCAGGUGGCAGAGUUUGAGGGACAGUACAACAUUGGCAGUCGCAGUAGCCACUACAAUAGAAUAUUGGACAACAACCCUGACCCAACUAAGGAGAGUUUGUACGACUACUUUGCCCAGAUCCUAGAAGAGUACGGUCCCUUAGGGGCCCAGGACCCCUUGCUGGUGGGUGAGCUAGACAACUUCCCUCCUGAUGCCCAGCAGAAGAUCCAUGAGGCAGGUGGCCUUGAGCACUUCCUCCUCGAGUCGCUGCGCUUCGUCAUGACCGACAACCUCCUGGGCCUCAUGAAGCACGCUGUGUCACUGCAGGAUGCCAACACUCACAGAAUGGACAAUCUAGACUUCAUAGGGGAUAUCCCCAAUGGACUCUCUCUAAACCCUUCUGCUAUGGAAUUCCUCCCAAACUCUCAUGACUCUGGACCUGGGGAUUAUGAUGAAGAGCCUGUUGCCAUCAUUAAUAUGCGGCCUAACCCGGUUGAAUUCACUGGCUAUCUUCAGGUGAUCGCCAAUCUCCCCAGCCCAUAUGUUUUACCUGUUUUUGGCUCUCCACCUGCCCCCCCUGCCAACGAAAUAGCACGUGCCAUUGGAACUCUGAGAGCGGAGGACAAGUCAUAUACUAACCAUGAUCCGCAUAACCUUGAGGAUUUUGACCUUUAUAUUAGCGGCAUGGAUGAACAGGGAUUGUGUGAGACUGUUUAUGCUCCUGUUCACAGUGCCAAGGCACAUGGAAAGACUGCAGUGGAAGUACAGGUAGUAACUUGUGACGCAUUGAGUGAAGUGGCUGUUAACACGGAGCCUUGUGAGCCUUUUGAAGGGAAUAAUGGAGACAUGAACAAGAAAGAGAAGAGUAAUGCAGAGUUUGAGCAGCAGAUCCAGCAAAUGAAGCAGGAUUACGGUGCUGUGAAACAAAGACGCCAAACGGAGAUAUCUGCCCUAGAAGGAGAGCAAGAGGAAAUCAACCAUUCAAUACAGAUCAUCCAUAAAGAGCUGGGCCUGUUCCAGCAGAAGCUGGAGGAGGAGGUGAAGAAGGACCAACAGGAGAAGAAAGAGAAUCAGGAAACACUGAAGGCCUUAAAGGUUGAGAUAAAGGAGCUGGCGGAGUCACAGGAGAGCAUUUCUAAGAACAUCCACAAGAAGAACAAGGAGUAUGAGACCCAGCUGAAUACUUUCCUGGAGCUGAGUAACCAGUCAGCUGCUGAGAAGAUGAGCCUGGAGGAUGAGAUCAAGCGGUGCAGAGACCUGUGUGCCAAGGCAACUAGAAGGUCUCAGGGAGCAGAGCUGUCUAUAUUGGAGAACCAGCGUAGCCGCGGCCUGCGCUGCCUCUACAGGUCUCUGUCUGAUGCCAGGGCCAUCCUGGCCAAACUCAAGGAAGUCUCACCCAGAUUACCUUCCCAAAUUCUCCAGUCAGCCACAGAUGCUUGGAUGGCAUGUGCUCAAGAAGCAGAGGAGAAAAUCCGCUCAACUGAGGCACAGUACCAGGAUCAGAUGGAACAGGUAAAGAGGGGGACCAGGCUGUGCACUCUACCCCCAGUUGCAGUCCCCAGCGCCCCCUGGCCCCCACCUGUACCGGCUCUCCAGCAGCUCCUUUGCCAUCCAGUGCACAUGAGAGCCCCCCUCUAUAGUCACCCGGGGUUUCCUAGAGCCCCUCCUCCCCCAGCCAUGGAUCAGAGUGUUGCACUGCCCUCCGGUAUGGCUGGAGUUCCAGCUAGUGCGACCACUAAACGUCCUAUCACGAGGGCGCCCCAGCCGAACCAGGCUUCCAGGCCACCGGCCCCACAGCCCACCAAUGUGUACGAUAGAAUCGUAGAUCGCCUCAGCGUCAUGUUCCCUCACUAUAGCAGGCCUGUGCUGUCCAAGUUCAUUGGGGAGAUGCGCACGGCCAACAGAGGCUGCUUGAACUCCCUGUCCUACCAGGAGGUCAUCAACAGAGUGGCCCAGCUCAUCCUGGACCACCAGGACUCCACCAGAGAGCAGCUGAGCAGUGCCGGUAGAGGUGACACUGCUGGGACCCCUUCGCGCUCUGACUCUCCAGCCUCUGUCCACUCCACUGGACCCCCCACCCAUGUCUGGAAGAGUGUGGGUGCCCAGGGACACUCUAAGUCAAAGGCGUUGAACAUGGAGGAUCCCUGUAUCAUCUGCCAUGAGGACAUGUCCCAGGAGGACCUAUGUGUGCUAGAGUGCAGACAUAGCUUCCACAGAGAGUGUAUUAAGUCAUGGCUGAAGGAGCAGAGCACCUGUCCCACCUGCAGAGAGCACGCUCUCCUGCCUGAGGAUUUCCCUCUGCUACCUGGCAGAAUACGCAGGGGCCACACGCCCGCUGCCUUCUCUUAAACACCCCCAGCUACCAACCCUUAAACCCCCCCCUUAUGCCUAAUGCCUGAAUUCCCAACACAGAUUGAUUCCCAGUAUAUGGUCAACUGCUCAAUUGAAGGUUUCUGUCAAAUGUGCAUGUGGCGAUAAAGAAAUUGAACCAGUCAAGUGCGAUGAACCAGUUAUCGAGCGAUCUCCCUAAUAUGAUUAUUGGUUUAUACUCUAUCAUGCAAUGAAUGUUGAGCUUUUUUAUUUUGCAUCUAUCGUAUGUGCCAUUAUAAUGCUCAAGUGUUUAGACUUUUUACUUAAACCAUUUUUUUUGUAGUAGACAAUGUUUGUGUUAAAUAUGUUCAUAACCAUUAAUCGCAGCAUUGUUGUCAUUAGACACAUGUUUGAGUAAGAAGUGGUUUAGUUGGGCCCGGUUUACUUUAAGUGUGGUUAUGGGUUGAGCUUCUUGUGGCUGGUGUAAUAAAGUUUGAUUGCCAGCUACUUUGUUUGAAAAGUUGGAACUGGAGGAUAGAAAACCAACUGCAAUUUUUAAAAUAUUUUCCACAUUUUUGUAUGGUUAAUUUUAAGAUUGAUAUAUUUGAAUUAAGAGUUAAUCAGACUUGUUCAUUCAAGUUUUAUGCUGUUGUAAGCAGUCAGCCAUAGCCUGAAGGAUUUCCUGACAACUGCUGUCAUCUGUUGGAAAACCCUGUUUUAAAUCAAACUCAUUGCUUUCA